UCUCACAUGACGUGUCCAUAUUUCUCUCAAGUUUUCAUUUUUUGGAAAGUGGUGGACAGUUACGGCGGUGUUGAAUUUCCCCGACAUGGAGCAUUGUGGGACGCAGCAGAAGUCACUGUUGGGAUUUUCUCGCUUCUGGUAUUUUGUUUGUUUUGACGACAUUGUGUUAGUCUUCGGUCCGAAGACGCCAGCGAUAAAAAAAAAAAAUUAGAAAUUUCGGCUAGAAACCGUCAUGUCAAGACCCUGCAGUAGUCGUAAGAGUGGAGGGACGUAACCUAACUUUCGGGUUUGGUCACGUGACGGUCGUAUAACACGGAUUGUUUGCAAAAUGGCGGACGCGUUGUGCGGUUAUUCUGCUGGUGACUCUGGGAUUUGUAGUUUUAGUGCGGCCAUAUUGUCACUCGAAAUGUAAUAAUGUUUAAUUCCCCUACUUGUACAGAAGGCCAGAAUCCGUCAUUAGUUGGGAAAGCCUUGGAAGACAUUAGCCAACGUGACAACAUUGCGACAGAAACACUGCAGAAAGAGCAGAAGACACUCAGCGCUCUCCAGGUGACGCUAUCAGAUGUUCAGAAGAACUGCGAUGAGGCUGAAAAGAAACUGAGACAUAAAAUGAGAGACCUCUUCAUCCUGGAGGAUGACAUGAUACAUUUAGAGCAACAAAUGCAAGCCGGGCGUGACUACUGUGCCUCCAUCACAGCAGAGAAGACAAAACUCCUGGAACAAAUAUUUGAGGAGGAGGAGAAGGCCUCCAUGGCACAGGCCCAAUUUGACCUUUAUCGAAGAAAGAUGGAGGGCCACAGACAGGCCAUUAUGCAUGCAGUAGGCCAGACUGACAUCUGCAUGCAGGAUAAGAGAGCACUUGUCCAGAAACUGAGAAUGGCCAAGGAAGAACUGAAGGAGGAUCUAAAGAAUCCGAAUGGAAACAAAGUUCAGAUGGCAAAGGGAGAGAUUAAUGCUCUGACCAUGGAGGUUGGAGUAAUGAGGAAAAAUAUAGUGCAGAUGAAGGAAAAUAAGCAAAAAGUGUUGGAAACCCAUGCCCAGAUAAAGAAAGACAUUGAGGGCCAAAACAAGCACUUUGAAACCAUUAGCAAGGACCUUCACUGUCAAAUUGGAAAAGCCCAGGCUGUCCACAGGCAAUUGUCCAGAGACCUCUACCAUAUGGAGAGACGGAAAGCUGAGCUCCAAAAGCAACUGCAAUCAAAUUACUCUGGUCAGUGCUAAACCAUUACAGAUACAGUAGUAGAUGGUUGAAUCGAACCCCCUCCUACUGUGGGAAUCUUGAUGCGUCAUCGGCUCAUGAGUUCCUGCUACGGCUAGCCAGCAGAGGACAGCAGUCUCAAAUAAAUGUACAGUAUGACAAUUCUGGCACAACAGGGUUGGAAACCAUUGUUCACAGUGCUACCGAUCCGGUUAGGGUGUAAAUACAUUUGCCAGUUAUAGUAGCAUAUUGUUGUACAUGAGAAUGCUCUGAGUAUGUUUUGCAUCUGGAUGGAUUAAGCGAGCCGAUCAGCAGGAAUUCUGGCGGCCCACGUUAGGAGUGCGUUGGCUCAUCCCGAUGACGACAGAAUGAAAGCACCAACUGUCGAUAUGUUUUUGGUACACACUGUUCCAGUUUCUUCAGUGGCUCUCCUGACGCAGGGUGACGUGACAGUACCACUGCAAACUAUAUAAUAUUUCAUAGCUAAAUAGCAGCUAUUCCUAUUUAUGAACGUUACAGUGUACUCAUCGUAACAGUUCUAUAUUUCAGAGUAUUGUUUUUUUUUCCAGUGGUUUUGUAGCGUAUUAUUGCAAUAAAAGUUGUUA